AUGGAAUAAGUAAUUUAGAAUGACAAUUUAGAUAUGUUACAAUAAAAAUUAGUAAGUUAUCCAAAAACUUAUGAGGAUUUGAAAGUACUAAUAUAUUCUUAAAUAAAAGAUAAUUGCAUCUAUAAUAAGGGGAACCCAAAUUUUUAAUAAAUUGAAUGAGUUAUAUCAUUAACUACUUUCAAGUGAUGGUUAAAUAAAAGUAUUAAAAAAAUUAAGCAAAGUUGUGUAAUAAUGUAGAAAUUAAGAGUUACUCUUAAAAUGAAUUGAUAUCUUCGAAUCCAAUUUUAGGGGUGUAACUUUUAUUAAAGGGAUAAGUUGAUGUAUUUUAAUUGGAUGAAGGUUAUAUAUAUAAAACAGAGAAAUAAAUUACAAGUCUAUUUCCCCUUUCUUAUAUUGAAGAAGAAUUCCAUUUUGAUAAGCAAAUAUAUAGAUCAUCUCAAUUAAAAUAUAAAAUUUCAGUAGAUGACUCAUUAAUUUUGUAAAUAAAUAAAUAAGAAUGUGAUGAUAUUUAUUAAUUCUUUGGUGAUCUUUUCCUUUUUAAACAUAAAACUUUAUGCAAAAUAAUCCCAGGUUUAGGAGAAUUAAAUUCAAAAAGAAUAUUGGCAGCAUUGGCUACAUAAUUUGAAAGUUUAACUUUACCACAUUUGACACCUAUAACAGAGUAAUUAUAUUAAUCUAAAUAAAUAUAGAGAAAAUGUAAUAGGUGAUUAUUUGUACUUUUUAGCUUAAGGUGAUAUUCAAAUGAUAAAGAAAGAAGAAUAAGUUUUUAAUAUUGAAGACAGUGGAAUAAUAGGAGAUGAAUUAUUAAUAGAUCCAGAUUCAGAUUAGAAUUAAUAAAUAUGUUAUGAAUUUACAGCAAAAGUAAAAUCUGCUUAAGUUUUACUUUAUAGAAUUAAAGUUAAAAUAUUUAAUCGUCUUUUUCCUAACUCUAUAAUUCGAUAAAUUAUAUCUCUUCAUAAGUGUAUUAAUAUUUAAAAAUAAUUGUAGAAAAAUAAUUGAUACGUUUGUUGAUGGGAAGUAAACCAUUUGAUUAAUAAUAAUUAUGUAUUUCUCCUAAUAAUUAAUAAAAGAAAUCAUAAUCCACUUUAAUUCUAGCAAAAGAUUCAAUAAAAUCAUAUGAUAAGGUGGAUAUAUAAUUUUAGUAAUAUUAAGUAUAUAUAAACAUUUAUUUAAUUUAGGUACCAAAACAUAGUAGAGUAUUAAAAUACAAUAAGAAUGUAUUGGAUCAAUUUGGUGAAGAGGAAAAGAAAUCUAAAAAGAUAACUAUAAAUGAAUUCGUUUAAUUAACAAAAUAAAGCAAAUAACCUUAAAUUAAAAUUUUAGAAAAAGUUGAAAAUCCAUACAGCUUUGCUUCUAAUGUUAAUUCAGAGGGUUUUUUGAAAUAAUACUAUUCAAACUUAAUUAGAGUUGGAUUGGUUAAACCUCCUCUUAGAAUUGCUCCUUAAAACCAUGAGGCAAUUUAAAGAUCUAGAGUUAAUUCAGCUGUUAAAUUAGUUGAGAAAACACAUAAGCAAUUAAAAACUCGAAGAUCAACUAGUUUAAUUUAUGGCCAAAAAGAUCCAAUACUUCAGAUUAAUUCAUUAAACUCAAAUAAAGAUAAUAAAGGAAAUUUAAAUUCCUAAAAAAAAUUAGAUAAAACUAGAACAAUAACUUCAUUUUUUGCAACACCAAGAACUUCAUAACAAUUACAUUAAUUUCAUAAUCCUUCUUAAGGAUAUUUUUAAUUUAUUGAAACACCAAAAUGUGAAACCCCUUAAUCAAGAUCAACAAUGGCUAAAUCAUCUCAUGUAUUUAGACCUUAUUCAGGAUUCAUGGAUCAUUCUUCAAGAUUAUCACAAUAAUCAGAAAUGUAAAAAAGAUUAAGAAAACCAAACUAACACUUUUUUUGA